GGCUGCGGCAGAGGCGCAGGCGCCCGGCGGAGGAGCAGGACCAUGGCCGCGGCUCCGGCGGAGGCGGAGACCCGGCAGCGGCUCCUGCGCACCGUCAAGAAGGAGGUGAAGCAGAUUAUGGAGGAAGCUGUGACAAGGAAGUUUGUGCAUGAGGACAGUAGCCACAUCAUCUCAUUCUGUGCUGCCGUGGAAGCCUGUGUCCUGCACAGCCUGAAGCGGAGAGCAGCCGGGUUCUUGCGCAGUAACAAGAUGGCAGCCCUGUUCAUGAAGGUGGGCAAGAGCUUCCCUCUGGCAGAAGAUCUUUCUAGAAAGGUCCAAGAUCUGGAACAGCUCAUCGAGAACACACGAAACCAGGGUCAAGGCAUCCAGGAGAACGUGCGCAAAGUGCAGAAGCUGCCGAACCUGUCUCCCCAGGCCAUCAAGCACCUCUGGAUCCGCACAGCCCUUUUCGAAAAGGUCCUGGAUAAAAUCGUGCAUUACCUGGUAGAAAACAGCAGUAAAUACUAUGAGAAAGAAGCUCUCCUGAUGGAUCCCGUAGAUGGACCAAUUCUUGCUUCCUUAUUGGUGGGGCCUUGCGCGCUGGAGUACACCAAGAUGAAGACGGCGGAUCACUUCUGGACUGACCCCUCCGCUGACGAACUCGUUCAGAGGCAUCGCAUUCACAGCUCACACUGUCGCCAGGACUCUCCCACUAAGCGCCCUGCCCUCUGUAUUCAGAAAAGGCAUUCAAGUGGAAGCAUGGACGACCGGCCGUCACUGUCUGCCAGAGACUAUGUGGAGUCUUUGCAUCAGAAUUCCAGAGCCACGCUACUCUAUGGCAAAAACAACGUCAUGGUGCAGCCGAGAGACGACAUGGAGGCGAUACCGGGGUACUUAUCCCUUCACCAGACUGCAGACAUCAUGACGUUGAAAUGGACCCCCAACCAGCUAAUGAACGGUUCUGUGGGAGAUCUGGACUAUGAGAAAAGGCUAAUUUCUAAAAUUUCCCAGUGUCCAGGCAAGACACAGAAAGAGAGAGGUCAAACCACAAAUGUGUACUGGGACUAUGCCAUGACCAUUCGCCUCGAGGAGAUCGUCUACCUGCACUGUCACCAGCAGGUAGACAGCGGCGGGACAGUAGUUUUGGUGAGUCAAGAUGGAAUUCAGAGGCCUCCGCUCAGGUUUCCCAAAGGAGGACACCUGCUUCAGUUUCUGUCCUGCCUAGAAAAUGGUCUCCUCCCUCAUGGACAGCUGGACCCACCUCUUUGGUCACAGAGGGGGAAGGGGAAGGUGUUUCCAAAGCUAAGAAAGCGAAGUCCCCAGGGCUCUUCCGAGUCGGCAUCUGAUAAGGAAGAUGAUGAAGCUACGGACUACGUUUUCCGGAUAAUAUACCCCGGCAUGCAGUCAGAGUUUGUGCCCCAGGAGCUGAUAGACACACCAGCCAGCAGCCUGCCUUCCAUGUGGCAACCUAGCACCCGCAAGUCCUCCUGCUCCUCGUGCUCCCAGAACAGCUCCUCUGAUGGUGGCCCAUCCAACGGCUGCAAUCAUGAAAGAACCCCCCUAAAACUCCUGUGUGACAACAUGAAAUACCAGAUCCUCUCCCGAGCGUUCUAUGGCUGGCUGGCGUACUGUCGACAUCUCUCCACUGUGCGAACCCACCUGUCUGCAUUGGUUAACCACAACAUUGUGUCUCCUGACCUGCCAUGUAAUGCCAGCUGUGGACUGACUGCAGAGAUAUGGCAAAAAUACCUGCAGGAUAGCACGAGUUACGAGGAGCAGGAGUUGUUACGGCUCAUCUACUACGGUGGGAUCCAGCCUGAGAUCAGGAAAGCCGUCUGGCCCUUCCUCUUGGGUCACUACCAUUUUGGGAUGACGGGAGCUGAGAGGAGAGAGGUUGAUGAUCAGAUCCGGGCCUGCUACGAGCAGAUCAUGGCGGAAUGGCUGGGCUGCGAGGCCAUCGUUCGGCAAAGGGAGAAGGAAUCCCACGCUGCGGCUCUGGCCAAAUGCUCUUCUGGGGUGAGCUUGGACACCCACAUUCAGAGGAUGAUGCACAGGGAUUCGACUGUCAGCAACGAGUCUUCCCAAAGCUGUAGCUCUGGCAGGCAAAGCCACGCCCGGCUGCAGAGUGACUCCAGCUCCAGCACACAGGUGUUUGAAUCAGUUGAGGAUGUGGAACAGACUGAGGCAGAUAUCCAACUCGAAGAUGGAAAACAAGCCAAAAUCCUAAACGGGACGAUCGCCAAUGGCACAUGUUCCCCUGAGUCUGGCCAUCCUUCAUCCCAGAAUUUCUACAGCACGUCAGAGCACAGCUUCAGCACAGAUGAUAACGCGAUGGAAUCCAGCAAAACUGGGGCCUGCCACCAAGGGAAAGCCAGUGGGGCAGAGGCCCCGAAACCACAGAGCUCAGCCAAUAUGCUAUCAGAGGAUAAGCUGGCGGGGGAGGAUCUGCAGGGCCAGGACAGCCUGGAAGGUGAAUGUCCCAUCAACGGAAGCCUAGAAGUCUUUAUUCCAGUUGGCGGGAGCACAGUGGUGGUUUUGCCUGAGAGUGCAGCAGUGGGCCUUUCCGUGGUGGAGGAGAGCUGGGCUGAUGGUGAAGCUGAGAAGCGCAGCUUGGUGGGGAGUGAGGACAAUCUGUCGGAGGAGCCAGAGAUGGAGAGCUUGUACCCGCAGCUGGAUUCACUAGCUGUGGCUGACUUGGCUAAUAAUGAAGUUUCUCCCGUCUCCUCAUCUGGGGUCACCUAUUCUCCAGAGCUCCUGGACAUGUACACCGUGAACCUGCAUCGCAUUGAGAAGGAUGUGCAGAGAUGUGACCGGAACUACUGGUACUUCACACCUGCCAACCUCGAGAAGCUCCGCAACGUCAUGUGCAGCUACAUCUGGCAGCACAUUGAGAUUGGCUACGUGCAGGGAAUGUGCGACCUGCUUGCUCCUCUCCUGGUCAUCCUGGAUGAUGAGGCGCUUGCGUUCAGCUGUUUCACCGAGCUCAUGAAAAGGAUGAACCAGAAUUUCCCACAUGGGGGAGCCAUGGACACCCACUUUGCUAACAUGAGGUCGCUGAUCCAGAUCUUGGACUCUGAGCUCUUUGAGCUGAUGCACCAGAAUGGGGACUACACCCAUUUCUACUUCUGCUAUCGAUGGUUUCUCCUGGACUUCAAGCGAGAGCUGGUGUAUGAUGAUGUUUUCUCUGUCUGGGAGACAAUCUGGGCAGCUGCACGCGUCUCGUCUUCACACUAUGUCCUCUUCAUAGCCUUGGCCUUGGUGGAAAUGUACCGGGAUAUCAUUUUGGAAAAUAACAUGGAUUUUACAGAUAUCAUCAAGUUCUUCAAUGAAAUGGCUGAGCGGCACAACACCAAACAGCUCCUGAAGCUGGCUCGGGAUCUCGUGUACAAAGUCCAGACGCUGAUUGAGAAUAAAUGAAAGGCCUGGGAAGGGCGGGCUGUUUGGCGAGACGUCACGGAUCCCGUCCAACACUUCCUGCCCCAUCUCCUUUUUCUUGAAGUGCCACACCAGUGACAAAAAAGCCUUGGUAGUUUGAGACAUGCUGCUCUCUAAGAUGAAAGUACCCUUCUUUCUGCUCUCAUGCAGUUGAGCGUAGACAUUCGAGGAAGGGUCCCCUGGUUUAGUUCUUCAGUUCAACAUUCAUUUUCAAUGAUUGACCAAAGAUCUGUAAAUCUGCAUCUUAGUUUUUGUUUCAAACAUUUCUACUUUGGAAGCAAAUCCUGGGCAGACACUAUCUUGCCUUGCUUUGCUUUGAUGGUAUUACUGCAGUUCCGGUUCCCAUCUUUAGCAAGAGCACUUUCCAGACAAAGCUUUCUCAAAGAGGGUGGGCUGCAGGCAGACAGUGCUUCUGCUGUCUCUUGGGUCUACCUUUGAAUUUGCAGCAUAUACUGCAGGGGAACAAAGCACUUCCCAAGAAACAGCUUCCCCACAUGAGAAGAAAGCCAGGCAGCAUCCAUCUCAAGCUAGUAAAAACUAGGGUGUUCUCCACAUUCGGCUCUGUGGGAGGAGCGGGAGGCUGUGCCUUCAGCAGAGAGACUCUGAUCAGAGAAGUUCCUCCUACAAUAGACCCUCUCCCUUGUUUGGGGCUCUGUUUUCCUCCCAUUCCCUAGGGUUUACAGUUUGCUCCUCACCCCAGGAUCAGAGCAUGUGGAGUUCCAACUCCGGCUAAGUUUCCAAAAGAGCUCAGGAUGCCAAGUAUUUCAGUGCCAACUUAGGAACUGAGCUGUACUGGAAAGUCUGGUUCCAACUGUGGGUCCUGAGCGCUUGAAAAAUCUAGCCUUGAGCUCUUUUGAAAAUUCAGAGUUUGUGCCCAGAGGAGUCUCUUGUGUUUAUGGAACCUGAUCCUUAGCCCACUGAAGUCAAUGGAAGGACUCCAGGUGGCCAUCAGUGGGCUUUGGGUCAGGCCCACAUGGACGAAAAUAGACCAAGCAUAGCAUUCUCUGCUCUGGGUACCUAGAAUGGUGCAAUUCCAAGGCAGCUCCCCUGCAGUGGCACUAGCGUUGUGUCCCACUGGUGCUGUGGCGUGCAGCACCUUGGCCACACAAGAGCAGCAGGAAAACUGAGCUGCAGGGUAAUUGGUGAGGUUGGUGCAGCCAAGAGUUUGGGUUUAUUUUUCAACUCAGGUAAAAAAAGUAGAAGAGGAAAAGGAGAGAAGUGGGUUGUGUUAGUGGGUUAGUUCCUGCCUGCCCAGAAAGGUCACUGUUAUGGCUAAACCAAUCCAUGGUUGCUCCUGGCAGCUGGGAAAAUGCUUUGUUGUAGCUCUUUCAAGGGUACUUUCUCUCAAAUUGUGCUGCGAAAAUCUGUGUGCCAGCCAUGAAAUGUGUGAUAAAUGUGUUUUCUCUUCCUCCACUCAGCUCCCCCAGCAGGGCUAGGCCAGAGCCCUCUUUGCUGAGGGAGUGGUGUUCACCAGAAGGGGAAAGGUACUCCUCUGUUUCUCCUCCUGCAGAACCCUUCUUUGUACUGAUGUAUUUUGUAUUCGUGUGUUGUCUGUCUCAGACGUUGCUUGCAGAAGAAACCCAGAAGAAAGUAGUGCAUGCUCCAGAAAUCACUUGCAGAGUAUAGUGAGCCAGUCUGCAGUAUGUGAACAAAUCAGCUCAUCCCUCUGUACUGUUGGGGUGCAGAGUCUGUAAUUGCAAACCAGGGAAGGGCAGGGCCUGCUGAACCCUUUUGCUGGAGAAGAAUACAGCGCGAGGUGAAAGCAGAGGAAAUCUGUCUUCUCUAAUUUCUUAUUUUGCAGGCUAUGUGAACUUUAUCCACGUGAGGUACGAAACCCUUUGAAGCAAUUUUCUGCCCAGGUUAGAGCCAAUCUGCUGUAUUAAACUCCCAAAAGAGCUUAAUUUACUGGAGAAAACAGUCCGUACUAGCAUCUGAAAUAGUCUGCAUGGAAACUGAAGAAGUUGGGCUUUAAACCUUCAGGUUCGACUAUGAAUCUCUCAUCUUUUCCUAAAGCAGAGAGCAAAUCUCACGCCUACACUGGUGACCUGUUCCUGAUUCUAGACCUUGUAGCUUUUCAGAUGUUAGAAUGGAUAAAUAAUCUGAGUAACCUUGUUCUAAAGUGGAAGGGAUCAAAGUGACACUUUUACAUAGCAAAACUAAGGAAUAAUAACUAUUAGAUAGGCAUAAAUAGUAGUAUUUUAUCAAGCAACAACUCUGAUGACACUAGUUUUCAGGCUUUAUUUUAAACGGAUAGCUGAGAAUCCUGCACAAUAUCAGCUGUCUGUAUUAUCUGACUGUCUUUGGGCCCAUCAGUAGCAGUGUUUUUGAAUAACUUCUAACAAAAAAAAAGUAUUUAUUUAUUCUAUUGGCCGUACAUUACUGUGUGUCCUUGGAUACUGAAUUCAGUGAGUGUGACUCUUUAUGCAAAUGGAGAUCUAUCUUUCAAUGUUGCAAACAUAUCUUGUAAAUGUUUACCAGAAAAUUGUGUCUAUAUAUACAGUAUAGAGAAAAAAUGUGAUUUAAGUUGGGUAUUAUUUUUUUGAGGGGGGGAAAAAAAUCUUUGCUUCUAAGAACUGCGUGGUUCUCUAUAGCACCUACUCAAUGAUGUGCCAAUCUGUCACUUUCCUUGUACUGUGAGAAUUGUUCUGUUAAAGCAGCAAAAAGCUCAAUGCAGGUUAAGAAACCGUUUGACCUCAGCUUUGCUUGGUGUAUCGCUGAUUAAAAAUUGUGGAACAGAAACAGAGGUAACAACUUUAUCCCUGAUCCCUCAAUGGAAUCGCCACAGGUGGCUUCUUUCAUCCCACUGAUUUCUGUGGAGCUCUGCACAGGCACUAGGGUCAUCCUGGGUAGAAGUGAUUGCAGGAUCAGGGCCUAAUGUGUUUUAUUGCAGCAAAUUAGAUUCCCCCAAGAAUUUAAUAUAUUAGGCUGCAGUUAAAGCAACACUGCAUCCAUUUUGCUCUAAGAGUAUGAACGUUAAACUGACCCCAAAGUACUCUCCAGAAAAAUAAUGAAAAGUGUCCAUAGAGAAAGCUUGAGGGAUACAUUCUACUCUCACUUUGAAUGUAAAUCCAGAGAAACUCCAUUGCAGGCAAUGCACCAAAUGUAACAUUCAAAUGGGAGCUGCCAGCAUACAUUAAAGUCAGUGGAACAAAUUUUGCUCUCAGGUAUUCCAGUGGGAGUUGUGCAUGCAGAUCUCAGAGCAGAAUUUGGUCAGGCAGAUGUCUUAUCUUGAGUGUUUUGUUCUUUAAAUGCAUUUCUUGUUCAGAUAGCUUGCCAGGUUGUUAAUUCACAUGCACAGCUGCAGGCAGGUUGGCUGAUUGGUGGGGUUUAUAAACAGUGCAUAUUAGAAAGUCAAGAUGUACUGUAAUCAUGGCAAAUUUCCAUAACUUUUGGCCAUAUGUGGUCCUAGCUCAGCUCUGCGUGUGUGUCCAUAGAAUGUGUACUUGGAGUCACAAAGGCCCUGAAAAACUGUGGGAUAGUUUGGAUUUCAUAGGGACAUUAGAGCCCUUGGAAACUGAGACUGUUCCAACUGAACACUCAGAGAGCAGUAAGGGAGGAAGGGGGCAUUUGCUUGUCUGUCUGAAAUAAAAAAUUGUGAGCAAAUUGAUUCCAAAACCAAAACAUGAAUUAGAUAACAUGACUGUGUGAUGUCCCCACUAUCCAUCAGUGCUUUAAAUACUUUAGAACCGUGAUUUUUGUAUACACCGGUCUUACAAACAGCCAGUUUUAUAACCCAUUUUUCCUGACAGGGGAAAAAUAAAUCACAUAAUGAAAGUGGCGUCACUGAAAAAUGAGUCAACAUCCCUUCACAUUCUAAUGGCUCAGUUUAUUGGAAAUCGCUGUGGAGGAGAACAGGAACGUCACACAGAGUAUCAUACUGCAACUUGAGCACCGUACCACUGUCAAUUUGAGAUGUUCAAUUUUCUGAACUCCUCAAUCUCUAAUUAGUUGUAAAAUAGAGGUUCUGUUGUAAUGAAUGGGAACUGACCUCACAUGACUUCCAACUAAUGCACACAGGGCCUGGUGUGUCUAGGGUGACCAGAUGUCCCAAUUUUAUAGGGACAGUCCCGAUUUUUGGGUCUUUUUCUUGUAUAGGCUCCUUUACCUCCCACCCCGUCCCAAUUUUUCACACUUGCUGUCUGGUCACCCUAGGUGUGUCCAUGGGCUUUAAGUUGGUAGAUCCACGCUGCAAUCCGAAGGGUGGUUGCAGUACGUGAAGACGCACCCGAUAUAGCGUUAAUCUAGCUAGGUCAGGUGCCAAUAGCAGUAAAGCCAUGGCAGCACGGGCUAGCUGCCCGAGUGCAUACUUGUGCUUGGGCAGUGAGUCUAUGCUGCUACAGUUAGUACCCAAGCUAGCUAGCUAGAUUCAAGCUUGCUCAGCUAUGGCUACGGGUGCUGCAAUAUCUCCAAUUGCAGUGUAGACCUACCCUGAGAAUCCAUUUGUAUGUGCACAAUUUUUGUGCCAAUUUAUAUAUCCAUUAGCAUGCUCGGUGUGCACAAAUGACAGUGCGUAAACUGAACAGGAGUCCUUGUGGCACCUUAGAGACCAACAAAUUUAUUUCAGCAUAAAUUUGUUAGUCUCUAAGGUGCCACAAGUACUCCUGUUCUUUUUGCGGAUACAGACUAACAUGGCUGCUACUCUGAAAACAGUGUGUAAACUGUGUAUGCAGGUAUGUGGAGGCCACCUUUUAAGUCAGGCUUGUAUUGUAAUUUGUGUUGUAAUCCAUGCAUAAUAUGUCGAUUUUCCAUUUAAAUUGAUCAGCGCUCUGCAAGUCUUGUGUAUGACAUCUAACUCACACAUUGAGUGGUUUCCUUUUGCUGAUUUAAACAAAAUGUGUUAGGAGGGUGGCCAUUGGGAAAGAGUUUGCUUAUGUCUAUAAUAGGAUAAAGGUGAGACCAGUGGAAAACAAGCACAUACUCUCAUACUAAAAGUCUAGGGAUCAGGGUCGGUACAAAGCUACCCAGAGUUACAAGAGCAGGAUCUUGCUUAUCUAGCUGUUGCACCUCUUUUUCCUUCUCCCCAAUCCUUUCCUUUCUGCCUGAGUAUGCACCUGUGUCGUAGAGGCCCUAAAAUUUAAGUAUUACCCUGGGUUUUCUGAGAAGAGAACAGAGCCAUAUUACUUCCCUUCCCUUCCCUUCCCUUAGUAGCUACACAUUGUGCAGGCAGACAAAUUGACUUUUGACACUAGGGUAGAGCCUUUGGCAGGGAAAUGCAUUAGACAAUUAUUGUGAUAUGGAGCAAACUAGAUGAGCCAGAUGAAUAUUUCCUUUCUGGCAACUCCAUAUGGAUGCAAUUUGCACCUCUAAAGUCUCAUGUGAGCUCAUAUGUUGACUCUCUGCAGAGAGGGGAGGUUUUUUCACUCUAUAUACUUUAAUUAGAACUACUUAGCUCUCAGAUCAGCUUGCUUUGUAUACAUUAUACUUAAUGUCCAAAAUAAAUUCCAACCCUGAUCCUUUCCUAAGGGGGUUGUUAAUGGAUUCUUUGCCUGCAUUUGAGCUUUCUGCAGAUGUGACCCACCAAACAACUCUUGAUAUCCCUCUUUUUUCAGCAUUACUAAAGUAAACAUUUUAGAAGUGGCCUUUGUUCCUGAAUGUGUUUUUUUUAUAAGAGGUUUUUCUUUUCGCUGUGUUGAGACUCUGGAUGGCCUUUCUAUAAACACUUCUCAUAUAGGUUGACGUAUCUUCCCAAGACCAAGAUUACAUUGAAGGGUGCGAUGCUGCAGAGUGUUACUCUUACUCAGCCUUUUAUUUUUUAGCAGCCUCUUACCAUACAGAAUUUUGUUUUUGCUGUAGCUAAAGACAGCAAUAGAAGCACAGAUAUUAAUGAUAAUUUUUACUGGUGGUUUAAAAGCCGUCUCAAGGGAAGCAAUUGUUCUUGAUGCUGUAAUGUAGACAGCAUAAUUUUAGCUCUUCUGUUUGGGUAAAAUUCACCUCUCAACAGAGGACAGGCACAAGCCACUUGAGAGGUGUGUAGGCCUUUGUGGGCCUAGGCCGGGGGUGAAUUUCACUCCUACUUUAGUUUUUCUUAUGACUAUUUUUUUUUAACUGUCAUAUGUCAUUCUUGCACCAGAAAUACUUGACUUUCUUUUCUGUCCCCACUUGCUCUGUCAAUCGACUGAUUUCACUGAGUUAGGAGCUACUUUAGUGAUAGUCUAUAAAGAAUACAGAGCCCUUGUUCCACAACCCAUGUCACACAUGACAUAUGGUUUUUUUUAAAUUUAAGUGACUUGAAAAUAUGCAAUGUGAGUUGCUGCUCUGUUUUUCCCAUGUUGUAGCUUCCCUGUUCAGCCAGUGAUAGUCUCUGAACCAAUUUCAUCAGUGAGAUAAAGGGGAGAGAUUGUUUUUAAAUUUGAUAAAUGUACUGAAGAAAUGGCAUCCUUGUGAUUUAUCUAUCUGCUUUGGAAUUUUAGCUAAUACCAGCAGUUCUAGUAAUGUUUCCCAUAUUUCUUGAGCACAUGUAGAUACUGAAAGAGCACAAUUUGUUAUUUAUGUAGUGCACAUUUUCUAGCAAUAUAGAAAUUUGGUAAUUAUUGCUGGAACUAAUCAUUAAAAUUCUGCAGUAGAUAAAGAUGGUGUUUUCCUGUAUAAUAUUGUACCUCUCCCAAAUACCUUCCAUUACAUCCCUUUGAAUCUUGCCUCAUCUGUCUUCCUACUUAGGGUACCCAAACCACCUUAACUCUCUCCUGUAGUUACACCAUGCAAGAAACAUACCUUAAUGAUCAAAAUGUUUUUUAGUUUUUUCAGUUCCAGAUUAGAGUAAACUGAUUUUUAAAGACACGUUAGAUUUUUUUUUUUUGGUGUCACUGAGGAAAAGUGUUAUGGUUGUUUGUGUACCUUAACUUGCAUUUCUGUAGCUCAACAUAUUUGGAUUUUAAGCUUAACCUUAACUCUGAAUAUCUUGGGUUUAUAAUGGUUGUGUUUUGAAUAGUUACACCAUCCUUGUAAUGUAUUUUAUCCUAAAUUAGUGAUAUGCAUUCUCUAGUUUUUGUCGAGAGUUUCCUUUAAAAAAUAUUAAAAAUUCAUCAUGAACACUGACCGAGAAGCCAAAAGAGAAUGUUACAGUGUGAUAUUGCUAAUGAUUUCAAGAUGUGAAAUAUUGUUUUAUUUUUACUUUUAGGGCCAGGCUUCCCAGUAGGUUCUAGCUGCGUUAUGGGUUUUGGGAGCAGCACUAAGUAGCCAGACUGUACUGGCUAGUUAAGCUGCAUUUAUGACUGUUGUGCAUUGACAGAUCAGCAUGAAGUAACCCGCAUUUAUACCCCGGCUUCUGUCUAUCUCCUGCCCUCCGCAUUUCACCUUAGUUCCCCACCCAUGUGCCCGUUCUGUUGGGCGAAUCUAGUGCAAUGGAUUGGUUUGGGAAUGAAAUAAUUAGGAUUAAUGGUCAUUUUUUCCUGUUAGUUUUCAUAACCGAAAGUGUCUCCUUCAGCAGAGGCUGGAACAUAAAAUUAUUUAGAAAAGCUCAAAGAAUUGCCUGCUUUCAAAAUGGCCACCACCACCCAUUGUUUCCAAUAACCAUGAAGCCGCGUUGCCCUCAGAGUUGCCCUCUCUGCGCCAUGAGGAGCUUGCUGAAUGGAGGCAGUGGAUAUCUUUGCUAAGAGCAGCAUGUGAACUCACUCCCAUUCAGAACAAUAGGAGGUAGCAGCCAAUUCAAAUGAGGGCAAUUUUUCAUGGAAUUCUCUGUAAGAGAACUUUAUCUCCAGCUCCUGCAGAGGGAGGGACUUUCAGCAAUAGUUUAAAAUGACCGUUUAUCUGAAAAGUAAAUAAAAAUCUUAAAAUAUUAGUCUGUGCACAAGUUCUCAGUGAGCUCUAACUGUAUGAGAAAUUUGAAGAAUCUGGGUUGUUUCCUUAAUAAGAUAAUUGGGGUUAAAUAAAAAGGCCUGACACUGGAUACUACAUUUCUUAAGAGACUAAUUUUUACCAAAUUAAUUUACUCCUAAAAUUAAUUAACAGAUUUACUUGUAAAUUCUCAGAAAAUUCAUUCUUCUCUGAGUAAGUGCUGAGAGUUUGGGGAGAAUAAUCUGUAUUUUUCAUAAACAGAGGUUGCAUCCCUGCUUUAUGUACAAAAUGUAACUCUACCUUCACUAUGGACUCAUGAUUGGCACCUAUAUAAUUCUAAAACCUAUAGUACCAAGCUUAGUUUUUGCUAAGUACAGUGGGUAAUCCUUAGAAGACAGACCUCUUAUACAUCUGGGAAAUUAAUGAUAAACUUACCACAAGGAUGUGUUGGAAAAAGAAUUAAAUUUAACAGGAUUAUGAAUGUACUGUAUGAACCAAUGUUAAACGUUAUGUUGCCCUACAACAAAUUGCUGCUUUUACCCAUAGGAUGCCAUUUUGGUCUCUGGGACUCACUCUAUAUGAGAUUAAUGAGCAUUGUAGCUUUUAUUAUAACAUUUGUAAAAGUGCUGCUAAAGUUUGUCUUGGCAUAUUUCAACUUCACAGUUAUAUUUUAUUCAUGCUUUUGGUUUCCUUUGUAAAUUGUUCCUUACUGUUGUUCAGAAAGACAAACUAAAACUAUAUUCUCUAUGGUUAAAUGUAUUUUCAAAUCAAUAAAAUCCUGGCUGU